GAGAGAGAGAGAGAGAGAGAGAAAAGUGGGAAAGAUCAAAUAUCAUCCAAUCUUGAAGACCUAAAAAGAGAGAGAAAGACUGGUAAAAUGGCUGUAAGCUCAACGGUUUUGUCGUGCCCGAAGAUGUUCGGAAGACGCCGGUCGGUGGCGGUGGAGAUGAGAACAAUACGGUGGGGAGUUAAGUGCCAGUUGUCACCCGUAAAACCCUCCAAAUAUUCAUCUAAAAUAACUACCGAUGUUCAACUGCACGAGUCUCCUCUGGCGUUGUUCGAUGAGUAUUUGGAGGAUAAGUCGAGGCUUUUCAAAGCAAUGUUUCCUGAUAAACCCAAAAGCUAUAGGCUUAACGAGGAAGAAUGGAGAAUCCAAAUGUUGCCAAUAAAAUUUCUCUUCCUCACUGCGUGGCCAGUGGUGGUCAUGCGGAUCCGAUGCAAAUCCAACGGUCAGGAUUACCCGCCUGAUGUACCUCUAGACAUAACCAAAGUCCUUGAGCUUAACAUGAUGAAAUGGGAGCUUCAAGGGCUUGACCGGGUCAUGGAGCCGUCUGAUUUCACUCUUGGAGUUCAAGGAGCACUGUACCCAGACCGAGGCGGAAGGCACACAAGGCUCAAAGGUCGACUAGAGAUGAACAUUAGCUUCGUGCUUCCUUCGGUUCUCAUGCUUGUACCAGAGGAUGUUAGGAGAAACGUUGCCAAUGCGGUUUUAAAUGGUUUGGUGGAUAAUAUGAAGCAUAAGGUUAUUGAGAGCUUGCUCGCUGAUUAUAAUAGGUUUAAGAAUGAAAGAAGAACACAUCAUUAGUUUUUAAUCUCAAGACUAAAGCUUUAAUGGUUUGAAUGUAAUUUAUGCCAUGUUGGACAGAACUUGGGUUCACCCCCUAAGGUGAAUCUUAUA